GCCCAGCCUGCUGAAAGCAACUUAGCUCGCAUCAUGCCUUGCGAAGCUCUGAAAAUUUACCCAUUUUCUGCCAAAGUCGAAGUGCCAGAAAACAAGAUAAUUUCAGUGACUUCUCUCACUUUCCCGCCAUCCCUGGCUACUGGCCCCAAACAAGCCUCUUUGCCUUCCGUACGUCAGUCAGGUCUCCCAACAUGGCGGCCCCCAUGGCGUCACUGCGAGCAGGGCGCGGACAUAUUGCCGCCUAAGGCAAUACCGGCAGUACUCUUGUCCGCGGUCUUCAAACGCCUCACAGCCGCGUCAGCCACUGUAGUCGGAGCCGGAGAGUUCCAGAAGUUGAAACGGUUCUCGGAAGUACAACGUUUGCACUGUCCUUUGGGUCUGGGGAAAAUCAGGUACCAACUGCCAGGAGCAAAACAGUCAACUGAAAGGAGUUACAGGAUUGGGUGUCAUCAUUUCCGGGGACACAUGUGUCUGAAGACAGAUUUCUGAACAGAAGUUUCAAGUGGUUCCAGAAGACACCGAGACACAGUCUCCCCAUUGCCAGCUGUUUUCAAAAAAACAGAAGAAAAUGCUCCAGGACCAGGAGUCCCUGACAUUUGACGAUGUGGCUGUGGACUUCACCAGGGAGGAGUGGCAGCUCCUGACUCCCAAGCAAAAGGACCUGUACCGGGACGUGAUGUUGGAGAACUACAGCAACCUGGUGUCAGUGGGAUAUCAAGCCAGCAAACCAGGCGCGCUCUCCAAGGUGGACCGAGGAGAUUCACCAUGGACAAUGGCAGAUGAAGUCUGCUCUCAAACCCGUUCAGAAAUCUGGAAAGAUGAUGAUCAUCUGGUGGAGCACUUACAAAAUGAAAAUAUGGAGAAUAACCUAGAGCAAUGGCAUGAAUGUAACACAUUUGAAAAUUCUGUCCAUUGGAGCAGAACUCUUUUAUUAAGGCAAGAUCACAAUAUGUUUGACUCACAUGGAAAAAGUAUGAAAUCAGAUUUAACUUUACUUAACCGGAGCAAAAGCUGUGAAAUAAAGAACCCAUCUGAGCUUAGUGGAGAUGGGAAAUCCUUUCACCAUGUUAACAGUGAACAAUUUCAGACUGCAGUUAAAUUCCCCGAAAGUCGAAAACUCAUCAGCACUAAGUCCCAACUCAUCAAGCAUCAGAAGACUCAAAAAAUAAAGAAACGUCAUGUAUGCAGUGACUGUGGGAAAGCUUUCAUGAAGAAGUGUUUGCUCACUGAUCACCAGAACCUUCAUACAGGAGAGAAGCCCCAUCAAUGUAUUCUGUGUGGGAAAGCCUUCUCCAGAAAAGUCACACUGAAUGAACACCAGAGAUCGCACACAGGAGAGAAACCUUACGAAUGCACUGAGUGUGGCAAAGACUUUCUCAAGAAAUCACGGCUUAAUAUACAUUACAAGAUACACACAGGAGAGAAACCCUUUAUAUGCAGUGACUGUGGGAGAGGCUUCAUCCAGAAAGGCAACCUCAUGGUACAUCAGCGGACUCAUACCGGUGAGAAACCUUAUAUAUGCAACGAAUGUGGAAAAGGCUUCAGCCAAAAGACAUCCCUCACGACACAUCAGAGAUUUCACACAGGAAAGACCCCCUUUUUGUGCAGUGAAUGUGGAAAAUCUUGUUCCCAGAAGACAGGACUCAUUAAACAUGAAAGAAUUCACACAGGAGAGAAACCUUUUGAGUGCAGUGACUGUGGGAAAGCCUUUAUUGGAAAGCCACAGCUUGUUGUUCAUCAGAGAAUUCAUACAGGAGAACGACCCUACAGAUGCAGUGAGUGUGGGAAAGCCUUCAGAGCGAAGUCGGUCCUCAAUGAACAUAAGAAAAUUCACUCAGUCAAGGUGGAAAACCCUGUCCCGGAGAGUCACAGCUCAUCACAGACCAGUGUUGUCCUGCAGGAGAAAAACCUUAUUAAUUCGGUGACUGAGCAGGUGCCACCUGUGGCCCCUCACACAGCAUUAAACAUCAGUGGGCUCCCAGCCAACAGGAAUGUAGUCAUAGUGGGCCAGCCUGUAGCCAGAUGUGCACCCUCAGGAGGAUUUACACAGGACAGAAACCUUAUGAAUGCAGUGAGUGUGGUCACGCCUUCAGUGAUCAAUUACGUCUUAUUUUAUGUCACAUCACAGCAAACCAUUAGGAAAAAACUCAGAGACAUUCUAUGUGUAAAAGGCUUGAGCAAAAGUUUCUAGCUCAUACUGUGUCUGAAAAGUCAAUACUGAGAAAAAUUGAGAAAUGCUGGGACUAGGAAAGCCUGACAUCCUAUUAAACAGAUGCAUUGAUACAGAAGCAUAAUCUGAUGUUAACCCAAACAUACAUCAGUUGCUCUAUUGUGUCAAUUAAUGGAAUGAAAGAAACUAAGUGGAGGAAAUAAGUGAAUGUUUAAAACAUAAUUUGUGGGCCGGCCGAGUGGCGCGAUGGUUAAGAACUCGCUUGGGAUGCCAGAGGGCCCC